GCCGGAAACCCGCCAUCUUGACGGAGGAAACGCCUCGAAGUUGAGGAGGAAACUUACAACUAUUCAGCGGCGUGAAAACAGCAUUUAUCAAAAAUGGGCAAUUUAUUCGCAAACCUCUUUAAAGUCUUUGGCAAGAAGGAGAUGAGGAUUCUCAUGGUGGGUCUCGAUGCCGCCGGAAAGACAACGAUUCUGUACAAGCUGAAGCUCGGCGAAAUUGUCACCACUAUCCCAACCAUCGGUUUUAAUGUUGAAACUGUUGAGUACAAGAACAUAAGUUUCACCGUUUGGGACGUCGGCGGUCAGGAUAAGAUUCGACCAUUGUGGCGUCAUUACUUCCAGAACACACAAGGUCUGAUCUUUGUGGUUGACAGCAACGACAGAGAACGUGUGAAUGAGGCACGAGAGGAGCUGAUGAGAAUGUUGGCUGAGGAUGAGCUCAGGGAAGCAGUCUUGCUAGUGUUUGCCAACAAACAGGACCUUCCGAACGCCAUGAACGCUGCAGAAAUCACGGACAAGCUGGGUCUGCACUCGCUCCGGCACAGGAACUGGUACAUUCAGGCCACGUGCGCCACCAGCGGCGACGGCCUCUAUGAGGGACUCGACUGGUUGUCCAACCAACUAAAAAACCAGAAAUAAUCACCUCACUGUACUCCUCUUUCUUAGUUUGUUCUUCUCCAAACUUGCUUUACUCCCACUUUUUUUAAACCGACGGUGCUGGAAGCUGCGCUCAUUUCAUACCUUUCAUAUGUCACAAAGAACGCGAAUCUCUGACGUUUAAUGUAAAUAGUUGUGUUUUUGUUGUGAGGCAGCUUUUAGAGCACCAUUAUGCAAUAUCAACUUUGUCUUUCGAUGUUUAUUUACAUUAUUUUUUUUCCAUUCUUAGUGUUUGAGUCAUUGCAAAAAAGGGGAGUUUUAAGAACAUCGGCCUGUAAACUCCAAUAGAUCUCAUUUGAAGCUUGCACAUGUAUUAUUUUGUUGUGCGUAUAACAAGACUGUCUCAUGCGUGUACUGUAAACAAAGCUGUUUUGUUUGUCUCAAAUCGAGGACAGGAAAUCAACCAGUACGGACACUACCUGCACAGAUUACGGUUCAAUUUAGAGGAAGAGAAACCAAAAAUGAUUACACUGUCUUCUCAGCAAAGGUUGAUAUGACCUCAAGCUUUACUGUCGUGAUACUUCAGGAACCAUAGGUGUGAUGCCUUGAAAUAAUAACCAGCUGCACAAAGAUGCAACUCAAAACUUGUACGUUUGUUAUCAGACUCCCAAUGCACAUCAGAUAACAGUUUUUAUUUUAGGGUUGUGUGUGUACAUGAGAAAUGUCGUUGUAGUGAGGUGUAUUUCGGAAUGUCUGCCCAGAACAUGUUUGCGUCAUAUUUCACCCCAAAAUCAAAAGAAAGAAAUAAUAAAAUAAAAAACUAGGGACUUUUUUGCAUUGAAAUUAUUUUUGACAAUUAAGCAUAUUUCCUCCCAAAUCACAUUACUGCAAAGAAAUUUACUCUAAUUUUCACACUGUAAUCUGUAAUAUAUACAUAUAUAUAUAUAUAUGUCAAGUUUUUUACAUCACAGUAAUAUUUGUUGUACUGCUUUUAAUGAAUGCUGAUUUGUUUAAAAAAAAAAACAGUACAUUACAUUUGAAUGUAAAUGAGCUUAUUUGCCAAUGAAAGAAAUAUUAAUUGUAAAUAAUUAUUUUCUUAAUGCAAAAUAUCUUAUUUUUUUUAGGAUUUCUGUGAUGAAAUGUGACCCAAACAUGUUUUUGUGAGAUUCACCCAGUAAGAGAAGCUGAAGCAUUUCAAUUAAUGCGCCUAGAAUUAAGUUUUUAGAGCAAUAUCGAAUUUCAUAUUGUUUUGAGACACUAUUUACAUGUGUUCCUCAGCAAAUGUCUCUUUCACCUUAAUGCUUUGGGGUUUAAGGGUCUUGCCUGAACUCAAAAUCUAACCACCACUAAGAUUAAACAACAGCAACCUCAUCUAAGAACCUGUUAACUUGAUGUCUGAUUAAAUGGGUUUUGCAUUUUGAUGGAUGUAUUUCGAAUUCCUCAUGUUGAAAAAACUAUGAGCGUCUCUAGAGAAUGCGGCAUGUGAACAGCAAUAUCAUGGUUGAAUGGGCUUAUGUUUUGUAUAAAGGAGUCGGUUCGUAGCCCCCCUGGUGCCUUUGUGUUUCAGAGACAUCUGUUUGAGUUGUUAAACAUUCAUGUCCACUCACAUGGUCACUAUUAUGGAAAUUUGUUAUUUAUCUUUUUUCUCUUUUUCCAAUUAACCUCUGAUUUGAUAGACACUGAUUUAUUGGGGUCAAAAACUGUAUGUGAACGAAUCUCUUAGCUAUAUAUGUCUGAUUGUGUGACUUAACAUAAAUGUCUUUUUUAAUUAUUCAUUUUGACAAAUGCACUGUAAUUAAAGAUAUUAGUGUAUAA